GUGUCGCGACUCAGUCAUUUCUCAUUGGUAAGGAAUGCUUGUCUUUCGAAAGAACGGAAGUGAGCCGACCAUUUUGAGAGCCCGCACCGCGUAGAGUGAUGGAGAAGAGUCACACGGUGAAGCUCUUUGUGGGCAACCUGCCCCUGGACACCAGCCAGGAGGAGCUGUCGGCUAUCUUCGAGUCGUACGGCCAGGUGGUGAGCUGCAGCGUGCUGCGCCAGUUCGCCUUUGUGCACCUGGCGGGCCAGGGCGCUGCAGAGCGCGCCAUCCGCGAGCUCAAUGGCCGUGAGUUCCGCGGCCGGAACCUGGUGGUGGAGGAGUCGCGGGGUCGGCCGCUGCACUCCACCAAGGUGUUCGUGGGGAACCUUAGCGGCAUGUGCACCACCGAGGACCUGCAGGAGCUCUUUCAGACCUUCGGGAAAGUUCUAGAAUGCGACAAAGUGAAAGCCAGGCUCUCGUCCUCCACAGGCUACGCCUUUGUGCACAUGGAGAACAAGGAGGACGCGCUGAAGGCCAUCGAGGCGCUGCACGGCACCUCUUUCAAGGGCCGCCCGCUGUCCGUGGAGCUUUCCAAGGUGCAGCCCAACAAGCAGGCACCCACCGGCAAGAUCCCCUGCGUCAGCUGUGGCAAACAGGGCCACUAUGCUGGCGAGUGCCCCGCCGGCAAGGCCUCCUCCCUGGAGCAGUACCAGAGCCAGGCGGCAGUCUUAGCCGCCGCUGCUGCCGCCGCAGCCGGCCUGCCGCUACAAGUCCAACAGAGCGUUCAUAACUCCGUAUAUAACACGUCGACGCUGGACCCCACGUACGCCGCGCUGACGGGGCUCACAGCGGGCACCAGCGCCCGGGCGGCCGCAGCGGCAGAAGGUAGCGCCCUGGCGCCCGCUGUGUACGGAGCCCUGGCGAGCCAAGUCUACGGCAGCGUGCCUAACGCCCUCUAUGGCUCGGUAGCCAAUCAAGCCGCGGCCGCCGCCACCUUAAACCACGCCCUCAACCCCGCUGCCGGCGCAGCCGCCCAGCUGUACGGCUCCGUCAGCCCAGCGCUGGCAUACGGACAGAUGACCAGCGGGGCCGCGUUGGCAUCCGCUGCUGCCGCCGCCGGGUACGGGCACCAAGUCUACGCAAGUCCCAUGGGCAACCCGGUGUUCCUCGCCGCCCCCGGCAUGGAGAUGUCAGCCGCCGCCGCGUCAGUCAACCCGGCGUACACCAUGGCGCCCACACUGUACACCACCUCGCCGGCCUACGCGGCGUUGGGCGCGGCCGACCCCAGUGCCCUGCUGGAGGCGGCGCGGGCACACUACCUGGCGCAGGGCCAGCAGCAGAUGCUGGAGCAGCACGGAGGGGGCAAGGCGGAGAGGGACCGCAGCCCGCUCAGGAGGGCGGCCGCCCCGCUGCUGCCCGACCCCGUCAUGAAGCCCUUCAUGUACCACCACCAGCGGGCCAAGAGGCGGGCGCUGCUGCCCACGCCCGCAGGACGAGCCGCCGAGGAGGCCGCGCAACAAGAGGAGGACGCCAUGGCCAGGUACUACAGUGAGUACUACCAGCAGUUGCAGCAGUACCCACAGUAUCAGUACGCCGCUGCCUACCCGCCCCCGGGCGCGUUGGCCGCCAUGCAGGGCCUGACCGCCAUCCCGGCCACCGCCAUCCCGGCGGCGGCCGCCGCAGCCCACGCGCAAGUCGCCGCCGCCGCAGCGCACCACGCCCACGCCAACGUCGCCAUGCCCGCGGUGCCGACGCCAGCCGCUGCAGCCCACGCAGCCCACCACGCCGUGGCCACCCUGGACGCAGCCCUCAGGCCAGUGCCGCUGCCCCCUCCUCCUCCCCCUCCGCCCUCCCCUCCCCCCGUUGUCUCUGCCCCCACCCCUCCUGUUGUCGCCUCUGCCGCCGCCGUCGCUGCCAUGGCCCCCCACCACCAGUUCCACCCCGCCCACCACCACCACCACCACCCGCACCACCACGCCCACCACCACGGCCACGGCCGCCUGUACGAGCCACAGCCGCCGCCGUCGCUGCCGCCUCCCCCCGCAGCCGCGCCCCAGGCCACCGCCCCGCAAGGCGCCCGCAAGGACGCCAUGCUGCGCACGCUGCACACGCCCGAGACCCCCUACCGAUAGUUUACCUCCUACCCCUUCGAAUCUAAGUCGACCCCCGUUUUAGAAAUCUCCAAAUUCUCCGAACCCCCACAGUUUACCUAUAGAUCUUCCUUCUACCUUUACCUCACUCUCCUUUCAAAUAUCCAAUCCCACCUUUACUUGGACCCCCUAGUGAUGGUUAACUUCCUGAACCUUCUUGACCCCCAACACCCCCCCCCCCCCCCACACACACACACACACACACACACACACAUAUCUCUCCAACGCUCCAAUUCUGCCUUUAUUUUGACCCCCUACCAAUAGUUAACUAUCCAUGCAAACCGACUUAAAACCCCUCCAUCUAAAUCUCGAAUCCGACUUCUUGAUCGCGUAUCCCCAAUCCCUACCUAAUUAUUUUGACCCCCUUCCCAUAGUCUACCCCCUCUCCGCGAAACCCCAAUCUUAACUGUCAUUUUGACCCUAUAUCGUAAGGUCACCCUCAUGAACCCCUUAUCCUCUACCAAACCCUCAAUCCUCCCUUUUUAAUUUGACCCCCACUGAUCUUUUUCCUCUCAAUUCCUCAAAAUGUUGACCCUUUACAAAUAGGUUGUCCUUCCUUUCCUCUCCAAUCCCAUCAAUAGCGUACCCCAUCCCCAAAUCCCUCUUCUUAACCUUUCCUUUUAUUCUGACCCCUUACCGAUAGUUAAACCCCUUCCCCAACCCUCCAAACCUUACGUUUCCCUAGUUUUAACCCUAAUGCCACUCGUCCAAACCCUCAACUCUCCAAACCCUACCCUUAUUUGACCUUUGGAAUUAUCCAAAUCCCCCAUUUAUUCCGACCUUAUCUGACACACACACACACACAACAAACCCCCCUGUGCCCACCACCCCUUCCUUUUAAAACUCUCCUUUCUCUCCCAAGCCAAACUCCUCCCCUCCCUUGCGCCAACUCAUCCCCACGAUCUUUAGAACCCGCAAACUUGGCUGUGUUACGUGAAUGAAGGAAUGAAUGAAAGAGAAUGAAUGUGUGGGGGGUCUGUACGUGUUUAUUUCUGUUUAUUUCUGUAUGUCUGUACGAGGGUGCCUCUCUAGUGUAUGUUAAUGUCGUGAAUGUUUGAUUGAUUUUAAGUGUGCGCGGAUGUGUGCCUUGGGGUGUUCAAAGGGUUGGCUCGCUUUGUAACCUUAAUGAUAAAAAUGGACCCUUAAUCUUGGUUCUGGUACCGUGUGCAAGUGUGGAAGACAUUCUACGUAUACUUCCUCUACAUCUUAUACUUUUUUAAAUUAGAAAUUGUUUCUAGUUUCGUCUCACAGAAGUAUAUGUAUAUUCUCAUUAUUGUAUGCUAUGCCUUUAGCACGGCUAAAGUUGGAGCUAGAGUUCAUGUAGCAGAAGUGCUAAAGUUUUUGUUUUUUUCGUGCCGUUAUAUAAUCAGACACGUUCUAAUCACCAGCCAUGAGUUUGUGUACUUGGUUUACAUUUUUUUUAAAUGGUCAUGAGGAAUUCGUGACAGCUUAAUGAAUGUUGUGUAAUGUCAUUUAAUGGACAAAGGAGAUACUUGAUCUUGGUUUUUCAUAUACAUUUUUUUUGGAAACUGGAGAACUAAUGGAAUUUGUGUAAGAGUUUGGUGAGCUUCCUCAUAACUGAAGCCUCGCGGAAUGACAAACAAACAAAAACAUGCAUGAAAGGUCCAGAACCAGGGUAGGGGCCUUUUGAAUAUUCUCUUUUAAAAAAUAUAUAUUUCAAUUUUUGUUUAUGUGCCAAAACACUUUGGCCAUGUGUUAUGGGAGUGUGUAUAAUGCAGUGUGUGAUGGGUGUAUGGGAGUGUGUGUUUGUGUGUGUAUGUGUGACGACAUGCGUAUGUGUGACAUGUUUUGCUUUUGGCGGUCAUAAACACACACAUACACAUAUGGCUAUAAGGGAAAUACUUAAAGUGCUUCACUGACUUAUUCACACACACACUCAAACAUGCAUAUUUUGUACAACUUUAACAUUGGGAGGCUGAUGAUGCUUUGUAAUGAAAUACAGCGCUACUACCCCCUUACGACUUCUACCCUUUUCCAAUCCUACCUGCCCCCCCAAAAUGCCUAUCCUCUCCACCAACCAAAAUGUUCAACAACACUGUGACUCAUGCAUCACACCUCACUGGGAAAAAAAGGUUAGCCUAUUGGCAAAGAGGGUGGGCAAGGGUUUAGCCUAAGAGGGAAGAGGAUGGGGAACCGGUUCGCCAAUGAAAUUAAGAUGCGGAAGGGAUGUAGUUUAUCCUAUGAGAUAGUAGAUGUAACCAGUUGCCACUUCAAACCUGGCCUAGUAUAGUUUACACAGUGGAGAUGUAACGCUCCAAAGCUACCCUAUCGGACGCUAUUAUUUUUGAGGGAGAGCCAAUCGCAGAAGGCUUUUGCCAAGGCCUAUCCAGUCGGAGAAUAGAUUGGAUGAUGUAUUUGAUAGCCUUUAACUAGCUGUCUCUAUUUCCACGCUGGCCAGCAAUCUACCACUUAACUGCCAUUAGUGCAUUUUUUAGGAUGUUAUUGUCAUUAUGUGGCAUCUCUGAACAUUGUGUCUGUAACACUUAAGAAAAAAACACUUUUUAUUGAUUUAUGUUUUCUGUUCUUGAACUUUUUUUGGUCAUUGUGUUUUUGUAACUAGGAAGGGACAUUUAACAUAACCGAUUUAAAUACUGUAGAAUUUUUUAAAACAAUAAUAUAACGGUUCCCCUUAGUGGACCUGUUAGCCUGUGGCUUUCAAGCAAGGCAGCACCUUGUGAAUUAUGUAUAUGGCCAAAAUUAAUCUCUAUGUCUCUCUUUCUCUCUGUGUUCUCUGUCUCAGACCCUCUAGUCGGUAUGAGGUUGGAGUUGCUUAAUCGUGAAUAAUGCCUUAGUAAUGGACUGUAAAUAGAAUUUAUUUCUUUUUUUCUAUUGUAGGUGCUGAACUGCAGUUUAACAAUGUGAAAACAUGAGGGAAAUCCUUGCCUGAUUUUUUUUUUUUAUUAUUAUUAUUAUUCAUUUACCUUGUAUUGUCAUGCAGUGGAAAGAGAUUAAAUUGGAGAUUUUGGGAGAUUUUAAACAUCAGUUUCUUUCAGUUUUCUCACACCCCCUCUCCUCAUUGCUGCUCAUUCACAGAACCAGACACCUGUUAGUUGUACAAAACCCUGUCUUUGUUUCCUUCCCUUUCAGCCUGCACACUCAUAUUGUCUCUAUUUCUACAGUCAAUCAUCUCUCCUUCCUUGCGUUUCCUCUGUUAUUCUGUUUUUCUGUUUCAUUCUGUGCCUCACAUGUGGGUGUCUUUUCUGGACAUUUGUAAGCACAUGCAACACUCUUGACACAUGAGAUGAUGAUGCACACACACAUGCAUUUGUUUUCCCGGAAAUGUCACCUUUCCAAAAAA